AUGCGGGGUUUUGCCGGCGGCCCCGCGCCGACAACCAACGCCGGGGCUUCCAUCGCAAGAGGCAGUCACUGGCUCCUACAGGACUCGGAAGUGUUGAGGCCGGUGGCGAAGCCCGACAAGACCGAAGGGCCGAUAGUUGUGUUCCUUGCCGACGCUGCUCAGCCACUCGACGCCGGCGAGGUGUGCGCCGAUGUGGUCACACUGCCCGGACGUGAAUUUGUGGAAAGGCCGCCGAACGCGCGCGCACGGCGGCAGCCUCCUGGGGCGGAUGCGCGAGAAGAGAGCACGGCCCAGUAUGAUGAGGUUGCUGUCGACGCGUGGUGA